CAAAUCUACCGAGCCUGCCAACUGCCAAGUGCCAAGCCACUCAUUCUUGUUCCCAACUACAGAGCUAGUUAACUUGAUGUUAGUUUGUGUUUGACCCCACUUGAGUUUGGUCUUCAAUGCUGCUUCUCACUGCUUCUUCUCCUGCAAAAUCUCUUCUUUCGCCACCAUUUUUUUCUCAUCACUCCCCCCUUUACUUUUCAAGAUUCAAUGUUCUUGCUAGCCCACCAAGAAGGCUCACUCUUUUGCCCCAUUUGAGGAUUAGAAGUUUCCAGCAUGAGGAUGCGGAGAAUUACGAGACUGCUAAAUCUGUUGAUACUCCAGAUGGUCAAGAUAAAGAGAUUAAUGAUUUACUAGUGCCUCGGGUAAAGACAGCCACAGGGCCAGGAAAUUCAUUCCUUGCAAAGUUGGCAAUAGCCCUAGGUAUAGCUGCAACGAUUACCCUACUAUCAAUCUAUCUCAAGCAGCCUGGUCAAGGACCUUCUCUUGGAAUUCAAUAUCUCGUUAAGGAUUCAUCAUCUUCCACUUUAGAUGCAAACAAUGUUUUUACAUUCAAAGCUUUCGGAUACAGAGUUAUGCUUCCACAAUCUGCUCCAGGGUGGGUCUACUUUUGGUUACUAAUGGCUGCAGGAUUUGGGCUUUUCAUCAGUGAAGAAGCUUUAAAUAUAUGGGUUGGCAUCUCUUUGGCACGGAGGCUGACUUUGGAUGGGACAUGGCUGUCAUUCGCUGAAUCUUUUACCAGAAAUGCGUCAUAUAUAGCAUCUACAGUUUUGUGGGUGUACUGGGGAGUAUGCAUCAGUGAUAUGGUACCAUUUUACAUUGGUAAGUUCUUCAGGACAUCCGGGACCACGAAUGAUGUGUGUUCAAAGUUAGGUAUAGGAAAAGAGAAAGCAGUGAGCAUCACACGUAAUGUUCAAAAAUAUGGGAAUCUUAUAGGCUUUGUUGAACGUUUCUCCCUUGGAGUGAGAAAUCCAACAGCUUUCCUUGCAGGGGCACUGGGCAUAUCUCCAGAGUUUUUCUUUGCUGGUGUCUGUUGUGGUGGGUUGAUUACUCUUCCGCUCCAGUUGGGGAUUGGAUUCUUAUUGCGAGAGCGUCCAGCUUUUGCUGUUGCAACCGUGGCGACCGUAGUGGGUAUAUGGACUUUAGUCCCAUAUGCUGCAGCGGCUUUAACAGCAUUGUUCUUAUAUCUCCGACAGCGCUACUCCAGCUAAUCUUUCUUCACGAUCUUGUCCAUUCCAGCCGAACCAGAAACUGCAUAAAAUCGAUCCUGCCAAACACCCAGAAACUGCAUAAGAUCGAUCCUGCCAAACACCUGACACAUAUACAGGGAUGACAUUCGUAAUUUUGCAUAGUUCCUGCCACAUAAUAUUUCCCCCCAUGUCUUGCUUGGGUUUUAUAGAUUAUAGGUAGAAAUAUUUUUCAGAUACAAACAUUGAACAAUGUAUAGCAAAUUCAUGCCCCUCAUUUUAUAUUUGAUGAUUUUACUUUCUUUA